AUGGCGCGUGUAGAGACAGAUUUUGAUGCUCUUAUCGUCGGGGCAGGCUAUGGCGGCAUCUACCAGCUCUACCGGCUGAGGGAGAUGGGACUGUCGGCCAAGGUGAUAGAUAUGGCAAGCGAUGUAGGUGGGACUUGGUAUUGGAAUCGUUACCCUGGCGCAAUGAGCGACACCGAGAGCUUCGUCUAUCGAUUUUCAUGGGACAAGGAAGACUUACAGACCUACCCCUGGACACAUCACUAUGUCAAACAGCCUGAUGUCCUGGCAUAUUUGGAACAUGUGGUUGAGCGUCAUAACUUGCGCAAGGACAUGCAAUUCAACACCGAACUUCUCUCUGCGAUUUGGAACGAUGACGCCAAAUAUUGGCAAGUGGAAUUGAGUACCGGAGAGAGUCUAAAAGUACGGUAUCUGGUCACCGCAUUGGGUCUCCUGUCGAAAGCCAACUACCCCGACAUACCUGGCAUCGAUACUUUCCAGGGUCUGAAGGUUCACACGGCGAAAUGGCCCCAAGGACUUGAUCUUAGUGGCAAGCGUGUUGGCAUCAUAGGGUGCGGUUCGACAGGCGUCCAAGUCAUCACCGACAUAGCUCCACGGGUCAAGUUUCUGACCUGUUUUCAGCGACAUCCUCAAUACAGCGUCCCCAGCGGCGAUCGACCUGUCGACCCUGCCUACCGCCAAUGGGUCAAUGAAAACUACGACGCCAUUUUCGACCAAGUGAGAAACUCGGCCGUGGGCUUCGGCUUCGUUGAGUCCACAAUCCCAUACAAAUCCGUCGCCUCGGCCGAAGAACGCGAAGCCAUCUUCCAAAGCCUCUGGGACGCAGGUAACGGCUUCCGCUUCAUGUUUGGCGGCUUCAACGACAUCACCACAGACAGGGAAGCCAACGAAGCAGCCUGCGCCUUCAUCCGUAAGAAAAUCCGGGAAAUCGUCAAAGACCCUGAGAAGGCCCGCAAACUCCAGCCGCACGAUUACUACGCCCGUCGGCCGCUCUGUGACGGGGGUUACUUUGAGCAGUUCAACCGCGACAACGUGGACGUGGUGCAUCUACAGGAGACCCCUAUUACACGCAUCACCGAAAAGGGCGUGCAGACCUGCGACAAGCUGUACGAGCUCGACGUGCUCAUCUUCGCAACGGGCUUCGACGCCAUCGAGGGCAACUACAACCGCAUCCGCAUCCGCGGCCGUGGCGGCCUCACCCUCAAGGACUACUGGGACCCAACCGGCCCGACGAGCUACUUGGGCGUGUCGGUGCCUCACUUCCCCAACCUGCUGAUGAUCACGGGUCCACAGGGCCCGUUCACAAACCUGCCGCCCGCGCUCGAGGCCCACGUCGACCUGAUUUCGCGCUUGAUCGGCCGUGCGGAAUCGCUGUGCAAAGCCAGUCUAGACUCUGCCGCGACGCCGCCGGUCGUCGAAGUGACUCCUGAAGCCGAGAAGGAGUGGUGUCUCGAGUGCGAGCGCAUCGCCGAGGGGAGCCUGUUCAAGGAGACCGCCAGUUGGAUCUUUGGCCAGAAUGUACCUGGCAAGAAAUACGCCUUGAGGUUUUUCUUUGGCGGCCUGAAGGCCUUUUAUGACAAUGUCCAGAGGGUCAUUGAUAACGACUACGCCGGUUUUAAGGGUUUGGGACAGCGAGCUGACGAAGAUGACGCAAAUGGGAAACCGGCGGCGGCGGUAGAGGCGAAAUCUGUAACGGCACGUCUGUAA